GCAGGAAAGUGUUCGCGAUCGGUGGAUAGGAAAAAAACCCCACACACAGGCACACGCACACACAUACACGCGGGGUACAAAACAGCAGUGAAACGUCGCACUGACAGUGCCAACAGCAGCAGGCUGGGACAGGACGGGUGAUUGUUUUUCUCCCCUACAUGGCACACUGGGCUUGACCACCGUGUGGCAAAAGUUGCGAGCAUCCCUCCCCGCGGCAACCGAAACAAGCAUCCGCGGAACACGGAUCCGUCGUGGCCCUCCCGGGGCACCUGUAGUGGGAAGGGGAAUUUCGGUCGUGCCGUGCCGUACGUGUGUGUGUAUGUGCGACAGUUCCCGAUUUUUCCCUUUCAUUUUUCGCCGUCACCGUGAGAGCACACACGGGGGACUACCUGUCUCGAUUCGCUUGUGUGCGUGUGUGUCGUGCAUACACACCGAGACGUGCGUGCGUGUUCGACUGUCCCUCCCGCAAACCCGCGCGGGCACAUUGGCAAAGAACUGCAUUCGUGUCACGGUUACGGUACGUUCCGCGGGUCUCCGUCUAAUCCUCCAGUACGCACACGCACACACAGACAGACAGACAUCCAUCACAGGAACCGUCCGUCCACCAGCGGGAUCAUAAUUCCGUACGAAGCAAGAAGUUUGGCAGGUUUUGGGGGGGGCAAAGAGUAGGCUGGUUGGAUGCCAUCAAACACCACCCCGAACCCACCACAGCAUCCGCCGCACCGCGAGUGAAGACUUGAAACCAUCGCUCCCCACCCCUUCGACGCCAGCUUCACCGCCACACAGCCGGAGAAAGGAGAGUGAAAUCCGGGAGUGAGCGAGACGCAACACGCAGUGUGUGUAAGUGAGUGAGCGAUCGCCCGAGAAGUGGACCGACCGAUCGACCGUCUCAGUGCUCCACGUUCCUGGUGCGACUUUGGAUGGAACGUGCAACCCGUCACGAAACUGAGAAGCACUGAACAAGGGACAACGAAAGGAAGCUCUGGCGUGGUGUGUUACUCUCACGGGUGAUUGGCGGAGAGAAUGAUUCUACGAAGCGUACGGCUCCAUUCAGCGUAGAAGUUCCGGUUCCUGGUGUGUCAUCCCCCUUUCCCCCCCCCCCCCCGCACCCCCUUCUCUGUCUCACACGCCGCGCGAUGGACAAUCGGCUCAACAUUGGGUCGGAGGUGCGUGAGCUCAAGCUCGGCUCGACCUUCUCCAACGCCGGACCGUCGAACCAGUUUCACACGAUAAAAUAUGAUUUCAAACCGGCUAGCGUCGACGUGAACAAACCGGCGGUGCUGGAAAUUAGUGCCAACAAGCAGGUCACCGUUACCGUGCCGCACCUGGAUGGUUCCGGUGUGCCGAAUACCGUCUUCAAGGGCAACCAGCGCGACUACUCGCGGAAGGACUGCGUGCUCAUACUGAACCGGGCGACCGGGGAGAUAACGCUCGAGCAGCUCAACAGCAGCAUCGUGGUAAAGAAGACGAGGAUCGAAAACAAGGCACCGAAUCCACCGCCGCCCACACUGCCAACGAUCAAGGUCGAAAACAACACCGCACGCCAGAGCUCCAAGACGAAGAUUACGACCGGCGUGCGGAAGAAUGCGCCGAUCAGCUUCAUGCCAAAGCACUCGCCACUGCAGGGUUCGCCGUCCUAUCCGCACCGGAGUCCCCAGUCGGCCCCGGCCUGGAACGCCAACAAUACUCAACAAACCUUGCCAAGUAUUCCGAUGAUCGGGCUGGACGAUGGGCUGGAUUUCGGUACCGUGGCACCGCCGCCGCCGUCCUCCUCGUCCUCCUCCUCCUCCGCCUCUGCCAAUGCGUCGUCGGGUGCGAGCAUGAACAAUCAUCUGAACAACAACCUCGGCGGCAAUUCCAACUCGAACCACGGCAGCAGUAGCAACAAUCACCACCAGCAUCAGCAGCAGCAGCAGCAGCACCAUAACCAGCAUAGUAACAAUAGCAGUAGUAGUAGUAGUAGCAGCAGCAGUAGUAGUAGCAAUGUCGGCCACACCGGCUCGACCAACAACCACAGCGGCAGCAAUAGCGGUGGCUACCUUAAUCACGGUUCGACACAGAACAACAACAGCAGCAGCAACAACAACAACAAUCACCAUGGCAGUAGCAGUGGUAACAACCACCACCAUCACAGUAACCAUCUCAGCGUACCGUCGUAUGGUGGGCAAGGUGGGGGACGGAACCAUCUACACAGCGAACCAUCGUUGCCACCCAGCGUGGAAGUGAGUUUGCCGCCCGAUCGGGAACUGUUGGCGCCCCCGGUCGCCCUGACCGGCAUCGGUGUUGGAGCGACGAGCGAUCCGGAAAUGAUGACAUCCUCGGAGUCGGACGGUUCGGACGAUUCGGAUUCGAGCAGCAGCGACCAGGAAUCGGACAGCUCGACCGAGGACAACAACGAUUCGCCAGUGAAGGAGUCCAUUUUUGAUCCACGGCCCGACCCGACGGUUGCCGUCACGGCCGCCGCAGUAGAUCUGAGCAAGGACCUUUGCCUGUCCUCCAACUCCGAUUCGGACGACUAAAGCCUGACGAGGAACUUACAGCACAGUCACACACACACACACACGCGUGCGCGGGGUCAACAAAUGGGCGUUUGAAAUGAAAGGAACGAGCGGGGUAAGAGGAAAGCGAGAAAAUGAGACAAUUUGGCUACCGCAACGAGCGCAAAGAAGAGAAACGCAACGCAACGCAAGAGACAGAAAGUAAUAUAUGUUAAAAGUUAUGUAAAGUUUUUUUUGUUUUAAGGUUUUUUUUGCUUCUCUGUUUUGUUAGUGUUUUUCUGCGGGGAGGAGUGGGUGAUGGGGACCCCAAAAAACCCCCUCUCCCCUCUUCAUUAGGAAAAUUAUUUAUAUUUAUACAUUGUGCUCAAGCUCAGCCUCACAAAGGGAAGCGGCGUUGCUGCAACAGGGAGAAUGGUUAAAUGGGGGCAUACGAGCGAUCGUUCCCCGUUGUUCGGGCAUGAUUGCCGAAUGUGUGCACCUUUGGUAUGUCUUUUUACCCCACCCAUUACCACCCAUGCCGGCAAGAACGGUGCGAGAGUGAAUGAACGGUAAAAGGACAAGGACCUCUCCUCCCAAGCACGCAUCGCUUCCUUCUCGACAAAACAGAAGA